GCGGAGACGGAGGUUUCCGCGGAGGCGACGAACCGGCCGAAAGUUUUCCUGGACGUGUCCGCGGGCGCGGCGUGCGUCCCUCACGUGGAGAAGACGAAAGAGGGCGCGCGAGCGGUGAUGCAAAGAGAGUGGGGCCACGGCGGCGAGGACGCGUACUUCGUGAAGAAGGUGAACAUCAAACGCGACGACGACGGCGACGGCGUCGACGACACGUGCGUCGCCUUCGGCGUCGCGGACGGCGUGUACAUGUGGCGCCAGCUCGGGAUCGACGCGGGUUUGUAUUCUAGGAAACUCAUGGGGCUGUGCUCGGACGCGUUCGCGACCGUGAAGACGACGGAGGACGACAGCUUCAAGCCGCAAAAGUUACUCGAAGCCGCGUACGAAGGGUGCACCGCCGAGGCGUUGAAAGGGAGCACGACCGCGUGCGUCUUGACCGUGGACGCGACGCACGGGGUGUUACGCGGCGCGAACAUCGGCGACAGCGGGUUCAUGAUCGUCCGAGGCGCGCCCGGGGAGCGCGAGUGCGUGCACCGGUCGCCGCCGCAGGAGCACGAGUUUGGCCGGCCCUUUCAACUCGGGCACCACGAAGCGUCGGAUAAACCCUUCGACGCGAUGCUCACGACGUUUCAGCUCGACCCCGGGGACGUCCUCAUCAUGGGAUCCGACGGGCUGUGGGACAACCUCUCCGAGUCCGAGAUCGUCGAGCUCGUGGAGAAGGUUUUCAACGCGAGGGUCGCCAACGCGGCCGCGCGGGAGAUUGUCACCGCCGCGUACGCCGCGUCCAUGGAUAAGCGCCGGUCCACGCCGUACUCGCUCGCGGCGACGGAGUUCUUCGACAUGGUGUACUCGGGGGGGAAGAAGGACGACAUCACCGUCGUCGUCGCGAACGUAGGUUGA